UCAGCACUGCCUGAGUAAGAAGAUUACUUUUACACUGCUCGUCUAGAUACUCUUUCUCUCUUUAAACAUGCAAAGGAUGCUAAAGCCUCAGCCGCUCCACCCGGGAAUGAUUUUAUUACUCUUAUGGCUCUGUUAUUUGAUUGAAGAUCAAAAAGUGCAAGCUGGUAACUGCUGGCUACAGCAAGGCAAGAACGGGAGAUGUCAGGUCCUCUACAUGCCUGGGAUGAGUCGAGAGGAAUGCUGCCGGAGUGGGAGGCUGGGUACAUCUUGGACUGAGGAAGAUGUGCCAAACAGCACAUUAUUCAGGUGGAUGAUCUUCAGUGGCGGGGCUCCAAACUGCAUACCUUGUAAAGAGACAUGUGAUAAUGUGGACUGUGGCCCUGGGAAGAAAUGUAAAAUGAACAGGAGGAGUAAGCCUCGCUGCGUCUGCGCCCCAGACUGCUCCAACAUCACCUGGAAGGGGCCGGUGUGCGGCUCAGACGGGAAAACAUACCGAGAUGAAUGUGCCCUUUUGAAAUCCAAAUGCAAAGGGCACCCGGAUCUGGAGGUGCAGUAUCAAGGCAAAUGCAAAAAGACGUGCCAUGAUGUCAUGUGUCCGGGAAGUUCGACUUGCGUGGUGGACCAGACAAACAACGCAUACUGUGUGACGUGCAACCGCAUAUGCCCAGAGGUCACGUCUCCAGAUCAGUACCUUUGUGGCAACGAUGGGAUUGUUUACGCCAGCGCGUGCCAUUUAAGGAGAGCCACGUGCUUGCUUGGUAGAUCCAUUGGUGUGGCAUAUGAAGGGAAAUGCAUCAAGGCCAAGUCAUGCAAUGAUAUCCAGUGCAGCGUGGGGAAGAAGUGUCUAUGGGAUUCCAAGAUGGGUCGUGGGCGCUGUGCAGUUUGCGUGGAGUCGUGCCCAGAAAGUCGCUCAGAGGAGGCCGUGUGUGCCAGCGACAACACCACAUAUCCCAGCGAGUGCGCCAUGAAGCAGGCCGCUUGCUCUUUGGGGGUUCUCCUGGAGGUUAAGCAUUCAGGAUCUUGCAACUCCAUUACCGAAGACCAGGAGGAUGAUGACGAAGAGGAAGACCAGGACUACAUGGCUUAUAUCCAAUUAUCACCUGUACUGGAUGGAUAAAGCACCAUCAACCAGUGGAACAGUCCUAGGGCAAGGAAUCACGUCCACACUGUACAUAUGUGUAUGCUAAUUUAUUUUUCAGAGAAAAAAGAAAAAAGUAUACAUGUAGUCCAGUCUGCUUGAUGCUUAUUUAUACAGUGUUCUGUUUUAUAAUU